AUUAAAGCCCAAACAUCAUGCAAGGUUUCAGCAGCAUCACAAAAUGUCGAUACAUACUCAGGCCACAUCUCUUCCCUCCCCUCUGAUCUGUAAACUUUCAGAAGGUAGGCUGUGCUCUGACUGCCUAUGAGGAGAGCAGGAGCAAAACCUGCCAGCCCCUCAAUUUUCUCCACUUCCUGUACUCAAGCAACUGCAUCCCAAAAGAGGGAAAAAGUAGGAAAUAUCCUGCAAACGGUUCUAAAUAAGGCUUCCCGACGAACCGCUCGCGCUCGGCGCGUCUGCUACCCGUUUACUGACCUAUCACGAAUGUGGAGACUUAUUUUACACGGUUUUUUUAAAGAGAUUAUUGAUCGUUAUUGUCGUUAUUGAUUGACUAUACAAGAAGAAACGGCGAUUAGGGUUCAUAUUAGACCGAAUUUUACCGGAUAGGGCGCAUGGGAUAAGGACUAUUUAACAAAAAAAAAAAACGCUUGAAGCAAUUUAUAUCCAAAGAGAAGGUUAAGCCGUCAAAUGUAUUGGAAAAAUGAGGUUUUGGCCCCUCUAUCAGAGGGAAAUCAGUUUCUAUCCGAAGGAAUUCCCUCAAAACAGGUGAUCUCUCCAGACUCGCACAGCACACCGGGAGCAUCGCGCUGCGUGGACGGACAACACGGACACGCGAUGUCACAGUCUGACGGAGAAUCUCACAGAUCUAAUAUGGAGAAAGACGACACGCGCUCUUCGCCCAGUCCGCCUUCAACUCCGUCCAUCUGCUCGCCCACGUCCACCGCCUCCUCCGUGCCGUCCACCGGGAAGAACGUGUGCGCGAGCUGCGGUCUCGAGAUCCUGGACAGAUAUCUGCUCAAGGUUAAUAAUCUGAUCUGGCACGUGAGGUGUCUGGAAUGUUCCGUUUGCAGGACUUCACUACGUCAACACAGCAGCUGCUACAUUAAAAAUAAGGAAAUCUUCUGUAAAAUGGAUUAUUUCAGUAGGUUUGGUACAAAGUGUGCCCGCUGUGGCCGGCAGAUCUACGCCAGCGACUGGGUACGGCGAGCCAGGGGCAAUGCCUACCAUCUGGCCUGCUUUGCCUGCUUCUCCUGCAAACGUCAGCUGUCCACAGGCGAGGAGUUCGGGCUGGUGGAGGAGAAAGUUCUUUGUCGGAUUCAUUACGACACAAUGGUGGAUAACCUGAAACGGGCUGCUGAGAGUGGAAGCGGACUCACUCUGGAGGGGGCGGUGCCGUCAGAACAGGAUAGUCAACCAAAACCGGCAAAAAGAGCACGAACGUCCUUCACUGCGGAACAACUGCAGGUAAUGCAGGCGCAGUUUGCACAGGACAACAACCCUGACGCUCAGACCCUGCAGAAGUUGGCGGACAUGACAGGAUUGAGUAGACGAGUCAUACAGGUUUGGUUUCAAAACUGCAGAGCGAGACAUAAAAAGCACACUCCACAGCACAGCGGCCCACCUCAAGCUCACCCACAGGCCCGCAUGCCCCCCUCGCUGCCCGACGAGCUGCAUUACUCCCCUUUCGGCAGUCCUGAGAGAGCGCGCAUGGUGGCCCUGCAUGGGUACAUCGAAAGUCAUCCGUUCUCGGUGCUCACUACACAGAGCCUCCCUCAUCAGGCCAUGGCGUUGCCGCAGCUCCCUCUCAGCCGCUAACGCCCCCACCUCGCACUGACCCCUGACCCCUUCACCCUGACCUCCUGCUCCAAACUUCCAAUCACUCCUGCCCCGACCCCACAGGUCGGAUCUGGCUGAAGGAGAAGGUCACGGUCCCACUUGCUCUUGACCUCUGAACUCACAAGGAGAGAGACUGUUUCCUCUCUGGUUUCGCUGGACAGGAUUUUACUCACCUGCAUCUAGUCACACACGGUUAAGGGAAGCCGCAUCUGUGACCUGUGAAUUUAGGACUUUCGUCACCAAGACCAGGAUCUAGGCUUCUGGACAUAAAAAAAAAAGACUCGAGCACACACUGUAACAGACUAGCGCUCUUGGUUUGGCCCUUCUCCUGAUAAUUCUCGUCUGACUCUUGUUCAGCGUUUGGAGACUCUGAAUGCAAACAAAAGGAAUGUAAAGUUACCAGCAUCAGUGUUAAACAUUUAGGUUGAAAAAGGGAAAAGCACAAGAGAUGUGGAUGGGAAAUAAGUGGCAUAGGACCAGGUGGUAAGACAUAUUUUAUCUCUUUUUCCUCACCGAAACACGCCAUGAUUGAACAUGGAAGUUGUACUAAGCCAGUGAAAUGAAUUUAUGCUACUUAAAAGAACUUAAGUUUACUUUGCUUGCUGUCUUGUUCUUACACCCAUAUGCAAAGCAUCCAUGUUUUCUGGGACCUAAAAAGCCAGCAAGGCUGAUUUUUCCACAGAUUUCAUUUUAUAAAUAAUAAUAUUGAUCUUAAAUCUUAAGUCCAUAAUUUAAUUGUAAAAAUAACUGCUAAUUAUAAUUGUCGACAUCUUGUUUUUAAAACAGAUAGUUUGUUAGAAACUGAUUGUUUCAUUUUAGAUCCAAGUGGCACGUUAAAUAAUAAUUUCUACAGUCUGUUUAAUUUUUAGGUCCUAAGGACGUCUAAACCUUCCCUAAUUUUAUUAUUUUCAAAACUGCAUUGCAAUAACUGUUGUCAUAUCAGUUUACCUGCAAUCAUAAACUACAAAUAACGUUGAUCUUAGUGUGAGAUUAUUUCAAAUUGAAAACAGUGCUCUCAACAUUUUUACUAAAAAGAGAGAAAGAAAAUAUCAAACAUGAGGAUCAAGAAGGGAUUUUCAAUGACAAACAACAAUAUUUUGUGCAAAAGACAGAAAGGAAGGGGAAGACUGAGACUGAAAGAGCACUUGAGUAAAAUGUAAAGAUAGCUACAUGUAAAGAAAAAUGUACAUGUAAUGUAUUUUUAUUUAAGCAGUGUCCUGAGACAAAUGUGUCUGUGUUUCAUUGUUUUCUUCAUACAUGUGUGCCGUAUAUGCCUCAGCUGUGACCAGAGCGCGGGAGUGUUAGGAGUUAGGAGCUGUGUACAGGUCUGAAACCGGGGGAAAAGUCUGAAAUUGUAACUUAAAUUUGAGAAAUACAUUCUUGUGUUCUGAAUGGGGGACAAGGCCUCUACAUUCUUGUAUUUAUUAUGACAGGUAGCCUGUAAGCACUUUUCCCCACUUCCACAUGUCUGUUUUGUAAAAAAAAAAAAUAAUAAAAAAAAUAAAAUAAUUAACUAUU